GAGUACAAGAUGUCUGGCACCGACGACGAAUUGGAUUCCGACACAGAAGCUGGAGACAUAAGAGUUGGAUGGAUCUACCGUUUGAGGAAACAGGAACUAAUCAGUGACUUGAAGAGAUUUGGACUCUCCACCGAAGUUGGAACAACUCCGGAAAUAACCAACACGGAGUCUACGAUGACGGCUUUCACGACGACCUAUGUUCCGAACGUAUUCUCCUUCAACGUACCGCCCCAAGCCGGAACUGUUCCCAGAGGGUACACCGGAAUCAACACCUCCACAACCCAGGUUGAAGGAUGGUAUACGAGACGACCUGCCACCGAAAUGCCACAGCCGACGUUCACGUACCCCGCUCCUAGACUAUCGUCGUUAGAAACACAACCAGUGAUUAAUCCGGUAGCUCACCUGGAUUUUGUGAAUCAAAUCCGGAAGUGGAACGUUACUUUCGAUGGUAAGAAUGAUGCAGUUUCUUUCCUAGAACGUGUUGAGGAACUGGCCGAAGAAUACAUGAUACCGAAGAACCAUCUAGUACGGGCAUUACCGGAAUUACUCCGGAAUCAAGCAAUCCUGUGGUACCGGAAUCAGAAAAGCGACAUUCACUCUUGGAACGAUUUCGUCAGGGUUUUCAGAGCAUUUUAUUUUCCUCGAGAGUACCGUGAGGGCCUUGAAGAAGAAAUCUUCCGGAGGGUGCAGAGACCGCAGGAGAAUGGCCGUGACUUCGUAAUCCAGUUGCAAACUCUGAUCCGGCGACACGGAGGAUGGACAAGGGACCAAGAACUGAAUUGUAUAUACAAACACUUGCUCCCAGAGUACCGACAAUACAUACGCAAAAACGACGUCCGCUCCGUAAUGGAAUUAUUGGACCAAAUCCAGGAAUACGAAGGGUUGACUCAGGAAAUAAGACGGUCGAAAUCAGACGUGAAGAGCUGCAUGAGUACCACAUCAAAUUGGACAAAGGCAAAGCCCGGAUUUUCGAUGAGCACUCCGCAACAAACGUCAUUACAAAGACCAAAACCGGCACCAAGACCCACAUGGAGCUCGAACAGCAACAAACAGUCUGAUUUAGAAAGGUUAUGUUGGAGAUGCGGUCAAAAGGGCCACACACGCCUACAAUGCCGACAACCAGCAAUACUGUUCUGCUCAAGAUGUGGACGCCAAGGGGCAAAAUCGAUCGAGUGUCCCUGCCCCUUUAAACCGGGAAAUUCAAAGGGGACUGCACCCGAAAAGGCUCCGACCAGUCCCCGGAACUAGGAG